UACAGUCUCAAUAGUCAUCGCAUCAGUACUACUGGUAUUAAUAGUCAGCAAAGUCAAAGUCAAAACAGUAACCUCACCAGCCAUAACAGCCAAAACAACAGCCACAACAAUCUCAAACCUCCACCAUCCACGCCAGAACGACAAACACAGCGAGCCAGAGGUGCCCCGCUCUCCCCUGUCGCACCCAUACAGAUGCCUGCUCAUACCAGCAAAAGUCGAAAACAACCUCCACCGCCUCCUCCACUACAAACUACAACAACACACCAACCCAUACAGGUCCAACAACAACAACAACAACAACAGUGGCAACAAAGCUGGCAAGAGGAAAUCGAACUAGUCGCAACCGAGAAUAACCAACAUCAACCACGCGUACACGCAGCAGAUCCUCCCGUAUACGACCCGUCCGAUGAUGACGGCGUGUUUCGGGAGGAGGACGAGGAGGAGCAUCUUGUCGACGCAAACAACAACAAUGAAUUGAUUCCAACAUCAUCUCAUCACCAAAACAGUAUUCCAAGAGCAUUUAAUGAUCCCCCGCCUACCAGUCCUAACGGAUUUCACCAUACCAGUGCUAGUAUUCAAACACUAGAAAGGAGUCCCUCCAGUCCUGAUCCUCCUGGUGGCACCAUUGACCCACCCGACGCCAAUGGUCUAUCCCAACUCAGUCUCCCCUUCUCCGAACGCAACAGUGACUACGCUACAUACCACAACUCAAACUCAACCAUGAGGAGUGACCGACGUCACAACGACGACACCCAUCAUGACAGUCGAGACUUGUAUGGAACACUAGUCUUUGAAGAUGAAUCAGCUGCAUCCCAGCUCACACUCCCAGUCGUUUUGGCGCAACAACCUCUCACUGGGAAACCAUCAGAGCGGCAGCAGCGCUUGUCAGCAGCCUCGGCACAUCAGCCGCAAACUACAAGUCAGGCGCUGCGACCUCCCGUCCAACAGCACCAGCGACCAGCUUCACACCAUCAUCCUACCACUAAGAGCAAACCGAAGAAGAAGAAAGAGGCUGUUCUCUGGUUCCGAGACCUCGAUACAGGAAAGGUGUCCACUGCACCGCUACAGAAAAAGAAGAAAAAGAAAAAGACGGAACUGCAGCCCUUGGAAGCCGCUGCUGCGGAUGGAAACGGGAGAGUCGCCAGGUACAACCGGAGCUCCCCCAACGGUAGGGGUGAUGACGAUGACAAUGACGACAGCAACAACAAUAACGCUCCUUCACCCACCGAAUCCGCUCCUGCAAAUGACACUGAGAACAGCCCUGGCAACGACAACAGCAGUGGGCCGGCAUUGGUGCAACAGAACAGCCGCCAUACUCUGGAAGAAAGACAGGAGCAAGCGGCUAGACAACCUCAGGACGACCAAGAGAAGCAAGGAAAGAAGCAGUCAGGCGAGAAGAAAUCCAGACGGCGCAGCAGUUCCCCGCCGAAGCAACAUCGUCGAUCUUCUUCACCCUUGUCACCACGAAGAUUAUCAACGUCUUCUUCUUCGUUUUCCAAACACGGCAAGAAGAAGGGAAAGAGGCGCAGCAGCCACAGAGCCGAUGACCCCCUUGCCCCUCCUCGUGUGAACGGCGAAGCCGAGUUUGACGCUUCAUUUGAAUUGGAAGAUGAGGAGGCAUGUAUGAGGGACUCUCAAGGGCGCAAGUUGGUGACUCGUGAAGAAAAGCGAAAGCAACUGCAAGCCAUUCAGGACCAAAAUGCACGGUACAGAAUGUUUUUGGCUGCGAUGUGUGUUUUCAUGGUGAUUGCGGUCCUGGUGGUCGCCGUUGUGGUUUUCGCCACCAUGCAAAAGUAG